AUGGCCGUAUUUGGCAUCCUCUGGAUGGACAUUUUCUGGGUGUUUUUGGUGACCUUUGCCUACUACGGCUGUCUCAUUGCGAGGAUACCCAUUUUGGAGAACCUGAUAAGCGAUAGCAGCAGCUCCCAAUUGGGCGCGCUAUCUGGCAUAUUCCUGGCUACCUGCGUUGGGGAGGGACUUUUGUCGUGCUACCAGCUGCAUCUGUGCGCGCGCUUCGGGCUACGAAUUCGAGCUAUCCUACAGGCGGCCGUCUUUCAAAAGAUGACUCAACUGUCGCCAACUUCAAGGACCCAAUAUCCUGCAGGUCAGGUAGUGACCAUACUGGGUGUAGACUGCUUUCUGGUCUCAUACUGCAUCAUGCAGUUUGCGAUGCCCUUCAUAGGCAUCAUCUGCUCACCGCUUAUCUUCUACAUGCUCUCGGUGCGUGUGGGAGUGGGACCCACCGUCACGUGCGCCACAUGGCUCCUUUUAGCCUUUCUGUUGACGAUUCCGACGACGAAGAUUCAAAACUCGCUUUUGCGAAGGGUACAGGAAGCUCGGGACGAGAGGCUCAAACUCAUGACGGACCUUUUGUCUUCGGUGAGACUUGUGAAGAUGUACGCGUGGGAGGAGGCCUACAUGAAUGCCGUGUCUGUCAUCCGAGAAAGGGAAAUGGCUCCCUUAUUCAAAGCUAACCUAUUGGAUGGCUUCCUCGAUUCCCUGUACAGCGCAUCCAGUUCUGUGAUGAUUGUUAUUCUUUUCGGAGCCUUGGCCACCCUAGACCCAACACGAACACUGAGUCCGGCGCUGUCCUUCUCCUGCGUCUACAUGCUGUCUUUGACGGAUAUUGUGACCAACUCGUUCUCCUUGACUCUCAAGAUGAUCGUCAUGAUGUCUCUCAGCCUGCAAAGGGUAAUAGAGUUCUGCACUGUCAAGGAACAGGAGAUUGCACCCACCUAUAGCAGGGAUCACACUCUAAGGAAAGGCGAGGUGCUUUUGGAAGAGUGUUCGUUUGCAUGGGCAGAAGGCCAGGGGCACCAUGCCAAGGCCCUCCUCCGCGGAAUUUCUAUGCACGUCGAAUCUGGCGCCCUCGUUGGCGUAACCGGUUUUGUCGGAAGCGGCAAGUCAUCCUUGCUGGCUGCCAUCUUGGGAGACAUGCAUCGUCUCGAGGGAAGCGUCAGAAUCUCGGGAAAGAUUGGAUAUGUACCCCAAGUGGCUUGCAUUUACAACAUGGCCGUCCGCGACAACAUUGUGUUUGGUCAAGAGUUUGAUCCAUCCCGCUAUCAACGCGUGCUCCGAGCCUGCGAGCUCCUCAACGACAUCAGCACAUUCCCCGCGGGGGACCUGACCGAAGUUGGAGAAAAAGGCGAAACGUUGAGUGGUGGUCAGAAACAACGAAUCUCCCUCGCCCGAGCAGUCUACAGUCACUCCGACAUCUACCUUUUGGACGACCCGUUCAGCGCCCUGGACUCCAACGUUGCAGCUAAGGUUUUCAAACAGGUGCUGGGACAUGACGGACUCCUCAAGAAGAAGACCCGGAUCCUUGUGAGCAACCAGGGCAACAUUUUGAAGCACAUGAACAACCUCAUUUUGAUGGAUAGAAAUACCCUUACCGUCUACCAAAACCUCGAAGACCUGCUUCAAGAUGAACGAGCUCCUAAGACCCUGAGCCGCGGAAUGGCUGGUCGGGGGCAGCCUGGACCUGCCGACAGCGAAACUCAGACGUCACUGUUAGAGCAAGAAGGUUCAAAUGGACGACUUAUCAAACUGGAAUCCCAAACGUCCUCUAAGGGAUCCUGGGAGGUCUCGCGGGCCCUCCUCAGAUUUUCUGGUAUCUGUCUGCCGGUGGCACUGAUCUUAUUCAUCGCCAGUGCAAUUGCCCUUGCCUGGCAACUGCUCUGGAUCAAACAGUGGACGGACGCAAACUCCAGGGACACCGACGAUGGCUCCUACAAUCUCAGCUGGCUCAAGGGCCUGAUAGGGCUCUGCUUUGCCGACGUGCUUUUCCGGUGUUCUGGCGGUGCCCUGCUGGCUGUGAGCACCCGGCAACUUUCCCGGGCCCUGCACUAUGACAUGCUGAGUCAUGUCCUGUCCAGCCCCGUUAGCUUCUUCGACUCGACGCCUCGAGGAAGGGUGUUGAACAGGUUCUCGAUCGACUUUGAUAUGAUCGACGUCCGCUACUACGUCACUCUGAAGACGUCUAUCCAGAACGCCCUCCUGGCCAUCUCCAAGCUGUCCGUCGUCGCAACCCAGAGUCCUGUAGUUCUCGGAAUAGGCGGUGUGGGAGCCGUCAUCUUUGUCUUCGGAAUGCAUCUCAUCAUCCGGGCCACCAACAAUGCCCGCUUCGUAGAAGGCGCGCUCAUGUCAAGAGUGCUACAACACGUCACGGAGACCGUGGACUCUCUGAGCAGCGUCCGGUCCUACGAUAUGGUGGAACGCUUCUGCGGCUACUUCUGUCGCCUCGUGGACUCCAGCAUGCUGGCCUACAACGCCUGGAUGUGCUGCUCCAGGGUCAGCCGGGCACUGGUCGGCAUCGUCGGCUUCGCCAUCGUGUUGACCACCCUCGUCGUGGCUGUGGUUUCUACCACGAACGACGCGAGUAGCGUUGGUCUCACUCUCACCUCUUCCCUGUCCAUUCCUCUGAUCAUGAUGACUCUGUGCACUGCGCUUUUCCCCUCCUUGCAACACUUGGUGGCCUUCGAACGGGCUCUGGAGUACACAGAACUGCCGCAAGAGCCCGUUGUGGACGUUCAAGAACAAGACCAGGAAAACAAGGAUCUACCGGAGGCCCUUUCGGUUCUGCCCGUGAAUCAGAAAUGGCCUUCGGAAGGCAGGUUGGAGUUCCAGGACUAUGCCACGUCUUACCGGCCCGGGGUCUUAAGAGAUGUCCUGAAAGAAGUCACAUUCGUUGUUCAACCGCAAGAAAAGGUGGGUGUCGUAGGAAGAACAGGAGCCGGCAAGUCUUCCCUGGUGCUCGCGCUCCUCCGGGUCCUCAGGAGCUCGCGGGGCAGCAUCCGCAUUGAUGGCGUCGACAUCAACACGGUGCCGCUGAGGAGGCUCAGGAACGCGGUCACCGUGAUUCCUCAGGACCCCAGCCUAGUGCGGGGCAGCCUCCGAGAUAACCUGGAUGCCACAGGGAGCCAUAAAGACGAAGAACUGUGGCAAGCAUUGCGAGAAGCCCACCUGGCUGACUUCGUGGCCUCGCAACGGAGCAAUCUCCUCUUGGAAGUAGGUGACGGAGGUUCAAACCUAAGCGUCGGACAAAGACAAUUGGUGUGCCUGGCCAGGGCCCUAAUCCGGAAUACGAAGGUGCUGCUCUUGGAUGAAGCCACAUCCCAAAUGGACGGGGACACGGACCGCUUGAUCCAGGCAACGCUGAGAGAAAGCUUUGCCAGAUGCACAAUUCUGGCCAUUGCGCAUCGCAUCAACACCGUCCUGGACUACGAUAAGAUCCUGGUUAUGGGCGACGGCAGAGUACUGGAAUACGGGCCAGUGUGUCAGCUGCUUGCCGAUGAAAAGUCGCUGUUCAGUGAAAUGGCGAAAAAAGCGGGCAUUCUACCAGCUGAAGUAGUAUUCGAGGCGAUUUAUUCCUCACCGAUAUCUUCACAAUAAUGGCGGAAAGCCACGUUACCAAAUUACCCAAAGAGAGUCAAUC